GACUGCGGUCGGUGAGUGUUGAGACAACAGCACUAUCGGAUACCGUUACAUAACACCUAUGAUAUUAUUAUAGACACGUUUCAUGUAAUCAACUGUGCAUUUCUUUUGUGAAAUGGUUUGACAACAUGUUACGAUGUUUGUUGAAGGAUGAAUAUAGGGUUUGUAAGACUAUAGCGUCAAAUUAAUGUGAGACAUCAGCAGGAUGGAGGAGCUGGUGCAGGACCUGGUGUCGUCCCUGGAGCAGAGCUCUGAGCAGACCCAGCUGGCGGAGCUGUGGGAGGAGAUGGUCCUCAGCCCGCUGCAGCAGCGCAGGCAGGUCCGCCGGCGCCGGGGCCGCAAGCGCCGCUGCGACGCCGCCCUCCACGCCAGGGAGCACGGGCGCUGCCUGAGCGAGGCCUCAGAGUCCAGCCUGGACGAGGCAGCCAAGGACAGCCGCGACAAUCCAGCCUCGCCCCCAGCCUCAGGUCCAGGCCUAGCCACAGCCCUAUCCCUGGGUCCAGCCUCAACACUAGGCCCGGCCCCAUCCCUAGCCCCAGACCUAUCCCCAGCCCCAGCCUCAGCCCCAGCCUGUUCCUCCACCACCGCUGCCAACUACAGUGACUCAGAUGACACGCUGGUGCCCAGGCUGGGGUCCUCCUUCUCCAGCCCCGCCACCAGGACCAGGCCGCCCUCCUGGCCCGAGUCUGACUCCGUCACGGAGAACACGCCCGGCCGGCCGCUGAGGAGGAGGAGGAAGGUGAAGCGCAUGGCCUCCGACAUGACUCUCAGUCUGCAACAGAAGCUGAAAGUGUCCAGUCUGGAGGGAGAGCGAGGCGGGGGCCCCCGCUCGUCCAGGAAGCUGCGUCUGUCUCGUCUGAAGAAAGGCUCUAACGGCUGGGGGGGAGGGGAGAGGGAGGCCGGGGGCCCCGGGGGGGCCGGCCUCAUGCUGGAGAAGUGCUGGAAGGAUCGGAUCACAAGGGAGGCCAAGGAGCAGAGAGAAGCGUCUGAUGAGACCAUGUCUGAAGGGGAGACCAGCAGUGUCACCAGCAGUGACCCCGGCCUGUUCACCAACGACGAGGGGAGACAAGGGGACGAUGAGCAGAGUGACUGGUUCUUCGAGGGGGAGUGUGGAGCCGGGAUCUCCAGCAUGCUGCCCAGCUGGGACUCAGAUGCCCCCCCAGUCCUGGAGGAUCGCAUCCCCCCCACCUUCCUGCAGCCUGCACGCCCCUCACAGAGAGGGUACCAGGCCCGUUUGAACAGGCUGCCUGGCGUCCCUGCCCGCUGCAUCAGGAAGGGCCGGAGGAGGCUGCCAAGCAAGGACAACACAGUUUCUGUGGAGAGAAUGAAGCAUUUCUCACAGGAUCCUUACCAGAGAGAUUUUUGGCUGCCGUCCAUCGGAACAAGAGACCGGAGCCAGUUCAUCCCUCUGUGUCCGUUACCUGUGGACAUGGUGCCAGACAGCUCACCUGGGAGGUGGCCCUCCCCUGUCUGCAGGAACAGGUACCCCACAGUCUGA